AUGUUUCCUGAAUUGUUGAAGUGUCAAACUAAAGAUGAAAAAGAGUUUGAUAGGCAAAGAGAUAAAUUCCUCCAACAGAUAUCUACCACCAGACAACAGAUUAACAAUCAUCUAGAUCAAAUUGAAAAGGAAACCAUAGACGAAUUGAAUAAACAGUUCAAAAAAAUCAAACACAAAAUGGAUGAGGCAAAACAUAAAACACAGAAAGGACUUGAGGCAGUAGCAACAUGGAUAGACGAACUGUCAUCGAUAGAAACCAUCAGUAAUGAAGUACUUUUAUUUCAGACAAUCAAAUUUAUGAAUAAUAAAACACACAUAGAAGAAACCAAUAUUAACGAGCUCAAUAAGCAACACAAAAUAGAAUUUGAUCCAUUUGAUACAAACGAUCUUCCCGUUGUACUUAAGUCUAUAGGAAAGAUUUCACUUACAGAAAAUCAAAUGCAUAUACCCGCAUUACAGCACAAUUCAAAACAAAUACAAGAACCAGUUAAGUCAAUGGAAGGCGAAAUACAACGAUCUUAUUCGUUUCUAACAUCAGUAUUAGGAUCAAAAGUUAAAAUUAGUAAGGGUUGUUUUGUGUCCGGAAAGAGGCUUCUCUUGUCACAUUACAACUCAAAACACAUCUCUGUAUGUGGAUAUGACGGGAAUGGUGUACACAUGAUAACAUUAGAACAUGAACUACGGGAUGUCGCUAUGGUCGACGAUAAUCAGGCAAUAGUUACUUUAAGUGAUAAAGGAUUCCAGAUCUUAGAUCUAACAACACUUACCUUAGGGAGAUGUAUCAAACCUGGAGGAAAAGGAUGCUGUGCUGUGUCAUGUAAUAAUGAUCAGAUAUGGACGUUUAAUGGAGGCUUAACUAUUAGUCAGAUUGAUAUCAGUGGUAAUAUACUACGUUAUAUAACAACAAAGAAUAGGGUACAUAACUUAUGUAUUGACAACAAUGGCAACAUUUACUAUACUACAGGAAAUGGGGCCGAUAAUAAUGUAUACCGUAUAACACCUGACGGACAAGAGAGUUUAUUCUUUAGUCAUUCUGAUCUCAUUUUCCCAUGGGUUAUCGACGUAGAUCACAAGGGCCAUGUUUAUGUAGGUGGAAUGGGGUCUCAAAAUAUACAUAGAAUAUCAUCUGAUGGAAAGGAUCAUCAAAUCAUACUGACAAAGGACGAUGGAAUAAAUGGUGCAUGGGAUGUAUGUUACAACAGAGAAACAAAACAACUUCUGGUUGUCAACGAUUAUAAAGAAAGUCUCGCCAUGUAUACAUUACCCUAG